GGUUUACUGUCAAUCUUGCGUAAACUGAAAAGUGCCCCAGACCAGGAGGUGAGAAUCCUCCUCUUGGGACUGGAUAAUGCAGGCAAGACAACACUCCUGAAACAGCUGGCAUCUGAGGACAUCAGCCACAUCACGCCAACACAGGGCUUUAACAUCAAAAGUGUACAGUCUCAAGGCUUCAAGCUGAAUGUAUGGGACAUAGGCGGACAGAGGAAGAUCAGGCCGUACUGGAGGAACUAUUUUGAAAACACUGAUGUCCUUAUCUAUGUCAUUGACAGUGCAGACAGGAAGAGGUUUGAAGAAACGGGUCAGGAGCUGGCUGAGCUUUUGGAUGAAGAAAAGCUUAGUGGAGUCCCAGUGCUCAUAUUCGCUAACAAGCAGGAUUUGCUGACGGCUGCCCCUGCUUCAGAGAUUGCUGAGGGACUGAACCUACACACAAUCCGGGACAGAGUCUGGCAGAUCCAGUCUUGUUCAGCUCUUUCAGGAGAGGGAGUACAGGACGGCAUGAAUUGGGUGUGCAAAAAUGUCAAUGCUAAGAAGAAAUAAAGCGUUCAGAGCUGCAUGGAAAUGGAGGAGCGGUGGGAGCAGAAUUCUAGCCUGAAAACACUAAUUUGCUGCUUUCUGACCAAAUGUUUUUCCAUCUGUGCACAGCUACAGCUGUUAAAAGAAAAAAAAGAAA